GAAUCGGUCGUAAAAGAAUGAGGACCAUGGAGAUUUUGGCAUCUGAAAAGAGGAAGAAACUAAUUGUGCAGUUGGAGGGCUAUAUAAGACAGAGUCAUACUCAUUCUGCUACUUUACCGUUUUACUCUAACUCAAAAUUGCAAUGGCGACCGUAGCCGCUGCUGCUACUCUUCCAGACGAAACCCCCAAGAAGAACCGUAUUCAGGUUUCCAAUACCAAGAAACCUCUUUUCUUUUACGUCAAUCUCGCCAAGAGGUACAUACAACAGCACAAUGAGGUCGAGCUUUCUGCUCUUGGAAUGGCUAUAGCUACCGUUGUCACAAUUGCGGAGAUUUUGAAGAACAAUGGGCUUGCCACUGAGAAGAAAGUUCUGACAUCUACAGUUGGCAUGAAAGAUGAGAACAAAGGUCGUCUGGUGCAGAAGGCAAAGAUUGAAAUUGUGCUGGGGAAAUCUGAGAAGUUUGACAAUCUGAUGAGUUCUACCAAAACUGAACCAGAAGCAGCAGCUGCUGAGGACAAAAAGUGACAGAUAUAAGACAGUCCGGUUAAUGUGACACUACUGUAGUUAACAUUCUGAGUCUUUUGUACUGCUUGCAUUCAUAGACGUAAAUAGGGGAGUUGAAAAGGGUCGUAAAAUUACAAUGAUAAGGCAGCAAUGUGUGGUCAAAGUUGUAGAGCACAUAUUUUCAUUAUCAAUUUAGAUUGUAUUUCUUCACUGCACAUAUACGAUUGUGAUGGUGAGCACUUUACUGGUCACUCUUGAGCUCUGCUUUUCAGUUCAUUCAACCUGUUUUCAU